CACACACACACACACACACACACACAGACAGAGGACGGAGGACAGGUGGAGGUGUGGACAGGUAGAACACACCGUUUAGCUCACUUUACCUGCAGACCAGGUGAGAGGCAGACAGGACAGAGGACAGGUGGAGGUUCGGACACAGAGUGAAGCUCAGUUCACCUGCAGACAGGUGAGACAGGGAGGACACCGAGGGGACACCGAGGGGACACCGAGGGGACACAGAGGCAGGCUGGAUCCACAGUAUGCUGAGGGAGUCCCCUCACCUGGAAAGAUGUACGUGAGUUACCUGCAGCUGGACAAGGACCCCGCCAUGUACCCGCACCAGACCCCGGUGACCCGCCACCCGGGCCUCAGCCCGCAGAACUUCUCGGUCCCGGCCCCGCCGCAGUACUCAGACUUCUCCGCCUACCACCAUCACCACCACCACGGCAUCAACAACGACCCUCACCCGUCUCAGCAGCCCGGCCCGGGGCCCGGCGGCUGGAGCUCGGCCUACCCGCCUCCUCCUCCGCCGGCCCGGGACGACUGGUCGUCCCAUCACUACGCCGCAGCCGCCGCGGCCGCAGCCGCCGGGGGGACUUCCGCCGCCUCCACCGUGCCCGGGGUGGUGGGUCCUCCUCUGGGCUUCAGUCCCCCAGAGUUCCCCGGACAGCCGUCCGCGCUGCUGCCCGCGGCCCUGAACGCCUCAGCGGGGCAGCUGUCCCCCGGAUCCCCGCAGAGGAGGAACCCGUACGACUGGAUCCGCCGGAGCUCCGCGCCGCCCACUAACCCCAAUGGAAAGACGCGGACUAAGGACAAGUACCGGGUGGUUUACACGGACCACCAGCGUCUGGAGCUGGAGAAGGAGUUUCACUACAGCAAAUACAUCACCAUCAGGAGGAAGGCGGAGCUCGCCACAUCGCUGGGUCUGUCAGAGAGACAGGUGAAGAUCUGGUUCCAGAAUCGUCGGGCCAAAGAGCGCAAGAUCAACAAGAAGAAGCUCCAGCAGCCGGCCUCCUCCACCACCACACCCACGCCUCCCACCGGCAGCAACGGCAGCGGAGGAGGAGGUGGCGGCGGCCUGCACGGAAAUGGCGGGAACAGCGUCGGCAUGGUGACGAGCAGCAGCGGCAGCAACGGGCUGGUGUCGCCUUCCUCCCUGCCUCUGAACAUCAAAGAGGAGUACUGAGAGGAGGAUACGAGAUGUUUCAUCGGAUGCUGGCGUUGGGGAUCUGGACUAAAAAAAUUCUCCCCGAUGGACUGAGAAACUGUUUUCAUCACCUCCUGCCGCGUUUCUGUCGUCCUCUUAAAGCUCGUUGACAGUGUGAGAAAAUAUCGUUGGGCGACGUCACCGACAGUUGCAGAUGAUUGUGGUCAGAUGUUUGCUUGCUGGGACGUCAGCCUGGUUGCACGUUAACAGCUAACUGUUUGACUGCAACGAGUCCAAAUCACUGCGGACUUUUCUCCAAACUUUUCUGCUGAACGUGAUAUUCUUGUUUCCAUCUGAUGGAACGAUGCAGCUGUACAACUCAUGUAGCUUCAGUAAAGAGCUGCAGCGAGCAGACGAGACGAUACUGUCAGACAGUGUGAAACAUAUCUUUGUUUUUUAACUCUAAAGCUACUUAAUUCAUGAUGUUCAGGGUAAAUCAAGUUUCCAGAUAUUUGUUUUUUGCUUGAUGAUGAUGAUGCAUUUAAAAAAAGAUUUAUUCUGCCUCUUUCAGAAAUGUUUUCUCACCCACAGAGGAAAAUAAAGUCAUGUGACAGC